CAGCGGCAGCGUCCCGCCCUCCUCGAGGGGUGUGUCCCGGGAGCUUAGAUAGGAGGGCUGGGUGUUGUUCAGCAGAGCUGCUUACAGCUGGGAUACUCACAGCGGCAGCGUCCCGCCCUCCUCGAGGGGUGUGUCCCGGGAGCUUAGAUAGGAGGGCUGGGUGUUGUUCAGCAGAGCUGCUUACAGCUGGGAUACUCACAGCGGCAGCGUCCCGCCCUCCUCGAGGGGUGUGUCCCGGGAGCUUAGAUAGGAGGACUGGCUGUGAACAACACCCAGCCGCUGCCCGCUGACCUUUCUCUGUUGUACCAUCUCUGUGCCCCAGCGGCGCCGGGAGCGGCCCGGGGCUCUUCCGCACCUGGCCCGGCUGCAGCCUCCCUUCUAGCCGGACGCGGCAAGGGCCAUGAACGGGUCCUACUAUCGCUGCCAUGCAUCCUCCUGGGUGGAAAAGGGCUCCUCGGCGACAAUGGGUGGCGUGCUCUUCAGCGCCGGGCUGCUGGGCAACCUGCUGGCGUUGGUGCUGCUGGCGCGCUCGGGCCUGGGGUCCUGCCGGCAGCGGCCGCUGCGCCCGCCACCCUCGGUCUUCUACGUGCUAGUGUGUGGCUUGACGGUUACUGACUUGCUAGGCAAGUGUCUGGUCAGCUCGGUGGUCCUGGCUGCCUACGCGCAAAAUCGGAGCCUGCAGGAACUGCUGCCUACCGCAGGCAAUGGGCUAUGUCAAGCCUUCGCCUUCAUCAUGUCCUUCUUUGGGCUAGCCUCGACGUUACAGCUGCUGGCUAUGGCGCUGGAGUGCUGGCUGUCUCUGGGACACCCCUUCUUCUACCAACGGCACAUCACCCUGCGCCGGGGAGCGCUGGUGGCGCCGGUCGUGGGAGCCUUCUGCUUGGCUUUCUGCGCGCUCCCCUUCGCCGGCUUUGGGAAGUUCGUGCAGUACUGCCCGGGCACCUGGUGCUUCAUCCAGAUGGUCCAUGAGAAGCGCUCGCUGUCGGUUCUCGGCUUCUCUGUGCUCUACUCCAGCCUCAUGGCGCUGCUGGUCCUCGCUACCGUGCUGUGCAACCUGGGCGCCAUGCACAACCUCUACGCCAUGCACCGGCGCCUGAGGCGCCGCCACUCACGCUGCUGCCCCAGGGACCGCGCCCAGCCAGGCUCCGGUCACGGGCACGAGUCCCUACAUCCCCUGGAGGAGCUGGACCACCUCGUGCUGCUGGCUCUCAUGACGGUGCUCUUCACUAUGUGUUCCUUGCCUUUAAUUUAUCGUGCUUACUAUGGAGCCUUUAAACUUGUCAACACAACUGAAGGAGACUCGGAAGAUCUCCAGGCCUUGCGUUUUCUGUCUGUGAUUUCAAUCGUGGACCCCUGGAUUUUCAUCAUUUUCAGGACUUCAGUAUUCCGGAUGUUAUUUCACAAGAUUUUCAUAAGACCUCUGAUCUACAGAAACUGGCACAGCCAUUCCUACCAAUCUAAGACAGAAUCCACAUUGUGACGGCUUUGCAUGCUCUGGUAAGCUAAAAAUAUACCACACACUCAGACAAAACCAUGACUGGAAAAAAAUUCUACAAUUUAAAUCCUUACAAAUGAUCUCCCAUGGGGAGCUGGAGAGAUGACUCCGCAUUUACAAGCAUGUGCUUCUCUUCCAGAGGACUUGGGUUUGUUUCCCAGCACCCAUCCAGGUGGCUCACAGCUGUCUGUAACUCCAGCUCUGGGGGAAUCUGACACCCCCUAGCCUCCAUGGGCACCUGAAUUCAUUGCAUUUAACCACACACAGAGACAGACACACACAGAGAGAGACAAUAAUAAGAGUAAAUUUAAAACUAUCUCCCAUAACUAAAACAUCUAUUUUCAAAACUUUCUGAUUUCACAAUAUGUUGUCAGUCUGUAUCCAUAAACCAUUUUGGUCCAAUUUAAAAUAUUGUGCUAAUAACAGCAACUAAAAUGUGUAUGUUGUAAACAAUGUUAAAAGUGUUGAUAAUAGCAAUGAUAUUAAUUGUGCCAAUAUUUGCACCUGGUGGCCCUAAAUUUUUAGUGCAGUCUUGAAACCUAUGGAUUUUUUAUUUAAAUACGGUAGAAACAUCACUAUCUGUUUAUAAUUAUAUGGUGGGUAUUCAUAAACAAACUUAACAAUG